GAUUCGGUGCACUGUUCUUCACUUUGCUUGUCUCGCACUGCUAAGUGCGUAUUCAGAGCGAACUGUAUCAUAUAAUCUGCUUUCGUUUUGUAAUUGUAUAUCACGUUUUGUUUAGUGUGUGUAUCUGGUUUACUUGAGAAUUUAGUGUUGAAGGUGAGACACAACAUGACGUUUAAGAAGAUCUCCUUUAGGAACUCCUUCAGGAAUUACAGGAAGGAAUUCAGUAAGGAGUUUACAAAGAACCCGGAAGUCAUUGUUCACGCUUCAUCGACCUCCCGACUAUUUGAGAUGCUCAACAGCAAAACCUCAAAAAAGGACAGAAAAAUAGGGCUUGGGGUAACAACGAAUGGUGGAUGUCGGAGUCUAAACGAUAUCAUGUCAGAGCUAAACUCUUCAAUUGCAUCUCUUGACUCAGCUGGGCACUCAGAGGACAACAGCUCACUGUUUGACGGCAGCAGCUACACCACCGGUGGCAGCAUGACAGAGAGCAUGGCCGAGAUAGCUGCUGAGGACCUGAUCACAGCCAUGAGAACACAACGAGCUCACUUGCUGGAGAGAAGAGCCGAGAUGCAGAUGAGGGUUAUACAUCUGGAGAACGAAGAAGCGGCAAUUAUAACAGGACAGCGUAUACACGAGGUAGCUGGUCUGGACUGGAGUAGGAAACAUAUUAACACCGGCUUCCUCAUCAACAACCCUUCCGAGGGUAUCAGCUCUAUGGACGAAGUUUCCCAACUCGAGUUUGACGUUGAGAUCCAGAAGAAGAUUGUGCACGCUGCGCGCCGUUUGGCUCGUGAACAUGGAAUUGGGCGGAGUGCCAAAAGAGAAAGGAAGAUGGCAACCCAGCGGGCCCUUUUGAAGCUGCAGGAGCUAGAGCGGAAGUUGCAGAGUGCUAAGAGGUUCCAGAGACCCUGUAACCCGGAUACCUCUGACAGUGAGAAACAGAAGCUUCACGAGCACCAGACCUACUACAAGGCUGUAACUGAUAACGGCUACUAUCCUCACUUCAGAACUGUCUCCUCGUCAACCAGUGAAGAUAAGGUGUCUGGAUACGAUCCCACAGAAUCAGAUUGGUCCACACCGCUCUCUCCCGGUUUCUGUGACAACCAGCAACCGUCACGUCACUCAAGCUCCAGCUCUAUUGGUACCAAUUGUCAGGAUAGUGUCCGUGCCUCCUUGCAGCUAACUCUUCUCGACGACACAAUUACCAAAACUCAGCCGAGAAAGCGAAGCGACACAAGAGGCUCAAUUACUCCGCAAAACUCAGUGAACUAUGAACCAACCUCCCCAGUAACUCCGCCUCACUCGGCUAAAUCAAAGAGCUUCUUCAAUACUUCAUUUCCUUUCCGUAUCGAGAGUCUUGCUGGAUCGAUAUCUGGAUCUCGUCGUCAGGACAACAUGAACAAAGUUGAACCCAAACAAAUGCAGUUCAGACCACGUGCUGGCAGUUACAAGCAGCCCGAUGUGAACAAUGUGAGCACGCUCACACGUUGCCAUGACAACGUCAUACCUGAAAAAAUAACAAACAGUUACGAGAAGUACCUUCAAACGCUCAGAGUGAACAGACAGAGAAACGAGCUCGUUAACAGAAACUUCGAGAACAGACGUCAUUCCUGCUCCGACUGGCAGGAUAACAACGUCACAAACUAUAAUGGUCACACGUCCAACGGUCACAUGACCAAUGGUCACACGUCCAACGGUCACAUGACCAAUGGUCACAUGACCAAUGGUCACAUGACCAACGGUCACAUGACCAAUGGUCACAUGUCCAAUGGUCACAUGACCAAUGGAACAACAAGCCAGCACUCUACUGCUGUCUAGGUGUUACCCAACCUUUUAGCGACCUUCCUAUCCUAUCAGAGAUUGUGUUAUCAGCUAUGGUUGAAUGAUCAAGCUUAGGACUUGGAUUUGAGACCAUCAGUAAGAUUCAGAAUGAAAUGGAAAAGUGCAAAUAAGUUCUAUCAUACUGCCAUCUGCCAUCAUUCUCCUAUACUACAAGUAAAUAGCACUAUUAAGUCUUGCAAACUACAUCAACGAAUGGUGAUUAUUGGUUUUAGCUGUCAUCUUAUUAGGAAUCUGAAAUUUUUACGAGAACACUCUGAUUAGAAAAACAAUCCCAUAUUAAACUUACACAUUACAGUUAUAUUUGACCCUCAAUCAUUUUGUUAUAUAAACAGAUAUGGGUAAUUAUUCUACUGUCAGUUCUAAUAAUGUAAGGAUAUCCAAUUCUUAUAGUAACAACCUAACAAGUAUUAGAAAUUUCUGCAUAUUUUUUCGCUAUCAGUUUCAGUUUACCUGCUAUUUUAUUUCCUGUUUUAAUUAAUUUAUCAACAGUCAGACGCCGAUAAUUAUUCUGCUUGUAAGUGAAACCUUGUCCGCAUAAAUAUUUUAACUACAGUUUAUUAGAAAUAUUUAUUAAAUCCAUCUUAAAUCCUGGUGAUUAUAUUUAAUAAUAAUCGGCGUCUGACAAAUCCAUUAUGCCUCAGAUCUGCUUUGUACUUCUAGUGUUCUAGGACUGCACGCAUUCUUCAAAUAGUUUUGAUAAAGUAGUUUGAGAAAGAUUUAGCUGUUUUGUUAUGAAAUGCUUCUUUAUUUUUAAUGCGAUAUAAGAAU